AUGGGAAGGAAGUCCAAGAAUAACAAGAAGGCUAUGCCAGAACACUCAAAUAACGGUGUUUCCGGUGAAGUAUCGGAGGUCAUCCAAGAUUUUAAGUCAUUAGAGACCGAGGAGGCAAGGAGGAUUCCGAACGAUACUAUAAAGACAGUCAAACCACAACGCACAUCUGGAGAGAAAGAAGGUUCUAACGUUUCUGAAACACCUGGAAAAGAAGCUGGGAAAAGUGUUUAUGAUCCAAAAAUGAUACAUACAGCAUUAUUGGAGAAGGAUAAUCCGUUUUUAGAGCAAGAUAAUGGGGCAGACCAAUCGACUUCUUUUUUAGAAGGUGUAACACACAAUAGUAACACAUUAGUCAAUCCAAAUGAGGCUUAUGAUGACGAUAAUGAUGAUGGACUCUUGCCUUUAAAGGAAGCGAAAACAGAACAUUCUGAUGGCUCUAGCUCAAAACAGCAAGAUGAUGAUUCAUUCCAGUCUGCAGCACAAAAUAGUGAUAAUGCAAAUUUAGAGUUGGAUCAAUCCUCUAUGGUUAAAAUACUUGAAGCAAAAAAAACUUCAGAGGGUCAAGGAAGAAACUACGUGGCAUAUACAAUUAAAUUUCGUGAUGUGUGUGUUCGAAGAAGAUAUAGUGAUUUCGAAAGUUUGAGGAAUGUCCUUGUCAGAUUAUUUCCCAUAACGUUAAUACCUCCAAUUCCAGAAAAGGAAUCUAUUAAGACAUACGGUAAGGCUAUUGCAGGUUCGAGUUCAAAAUAUCAGUUACCAUCAGAUCCAGCAGGGUCUGUUGAUCUAACCCUUUCUGUAAUAAACGGUUCAGUUAAUAACAGGGAUGAGAAAUUAAUACGGCAUAGAAUUCGAAUGUUAACUCAGUUCUUAAACAAACUGCUACAAAAUCCAGAAAUUAUGAAGACAACGAUUAUUUCUGACUUUCUAAAUCCAAAUAAUUCUAAUUGGAAAGAUUUUAUCAAUAGUUCUCCAACAUUUUCAGCACUUCCUAAAAAUGUUUUACAAUGUAAUCCACUAGACCCAACAAGUACAACCAGAAUACAUGCCUCCUUACCAAUCCCAUCAUCUUCAAGUCAACUAUCAUUAACAAAGGAUGGAAGCGACGUAUCCCAAGCAAACACCAAAGACCCAUUCUAUUCGUUGGAACAAGAUUACAAGAAGUAUGAAACGUUGAUGGAUACUGGAUUUUUCAAAUACAAUAGAAGAAUUACCAAGACACUUCAUGACUUGGAGGCUGAUAUGAAGGAAGUUAGUGAAGUAUUUGGUCAAUUGUCCCAUCUUCAAAGACAGGAUGCUGAUCUCUCACAGCAAUUGUCAUUUUUGAGUGACAAUUAUGGAACGUCAGCUUUCAUUUUGCAAAAACUGGUUAAUAGACUCUAUUAUAAUAUUAAUGAACCACUAAAUGAAGCCGUUCAUAUUGCUGGAACAGUAAGGGAAUUACUGAAAUACCGAAAAAUGAAGUACUUACAACUGGAGUCAAUUGACGCCUCCUUAACAACCAAAACACGUCAACUAGAAAAGAUAAAGCAGGAAGAAGCUGAAUUUAGUAAUGUUGACAGAGUAAUAAAUGCAAAAGUUCAAAAUAGUAAAAGGGUUAAUCUAGAACGUCCGGAGCAAGAACCAAGGACCUAUAGUGGGAAACUAUUAAGUAAAUUCACACAGUUAGCAAAUAUGGUCAAGGAUUCAGUUAAUUAUUCUGACAUAGAUUCAGACGUUUCGAAAGAAAGUCUAGAGCGAGAUAUUACGAAUUUGAAUGAAGCUCUGGAAGUAUGUAAAGGUGACAUGGAAGUUAUCAUGAAUACCAUAAGGAAUGAGCAGUUACCAAAGUUUACCAAGGAGAGAGAAAAGGAACUUACUAUUAUCAUGCAGCAUUAUGCUCAAUACAUGAAGGUAUAUGCCGAGAAAAAUCUUGCGUUGUGGAAGAAAGGUAAAGAACAGCUCGAUCAAUAG